CGCGGGCACGGUUGAGGCGCGGAAGGCGGGACCGAGCGGCGCCUCCCGCCCCCGCCAGUUUUUGAACUUGGUCCGCGCCGCGUCACGAGCCGCCGCCGUUGGCCGUGACGUCAGUUCCGGCGAAACGGCUGGCGACGAGGCAGCCCGGCUGGAGCAAAACAAGAGGCGGAAAAUAACUCGAUGCGAACCGGCGGCGUCUCCCGCGUCCACACCCAGCAGCUGUACGCCCGACCGUGGAACCAAACACGUGUGUCUGAUUUUAUCUGUGUCUUGGAUCUUCUAAAGAGGGAAAGAUGUCGGCACAGGCCCAAAUGAGAGCCAUGCUUGACCAGCUCAUGGGCACAUCUAGGGACGGUUCAGUGUAUCUUUGCCUGCCUACUUCAGUCUGCAAGGGAGUUACAGAAACACCCCACGUUCAUCGAGCCGAGUUCACCUGGCAUGCGGUCUAUGUUUGGACCACUGCAACACAGGAUCUGUAGGUUUUAUGUGAUUUCAAUGUGUUUUUCUCCUGUCCGUUAUCGCUCUCAUAUGUAAUGGCUCCAAUGCAGCUAGAUGAAAGAAGUGCGUGGGCAGGUGUAUAAAGUGGGUUCGAAUCAGGAGAUGCCAGUCGGCAGAGAAUCAGAUUUACAGAUGAUCGAGUUUGCAAGAGCCAUCUCCUGAGCUGCUGCCCACAUGACAUUCUUUCUGGAACGCGAAUGGACCUUGGGGAGUGCACAAAGGUUCAUGACCUUGCACUAAGAGCAGACUAUGAAAUUGCCUCCAAGCUGAAGGACCACUUUUUUGAAAUGGAUGCAAUGGAUCACUUGCAGUCAUUUAUCACAGACUGUGAUAGAAGAACAGAAAUUGCAAAGAAACGGUUGGCAGAAACCCAAGAGGAGAUCAGUGCAGAGGUGGCAGCAAAGGCUGAGCGAGUUCAUGAACUAAAUGAGGAAAUUGGAAAGCUGCUAGCCAAGGCAGAACAGUUGGGAGCUGAAGGAAAUGUUGAAGAAUCUCAAAAGGUCAUGGAAGAAGUUGAGAAGGCAAGAGCAAAAAAGAGGGAAGCUGAAGGGGAUACCAUUGCUUCUCCUUCCUCCAGUGCAUUCUGGGAAGUUUAUCGGAAUUCCAUGCCAGCCUCCAGCUUCCAGCAACAGAAAUUGCGAGUCUGUGAAGUGUGCUCAGCAUACUUGGGUCUUCAUGAUAAUGAUCGGCGCCUUGCAGACCACUUUGGUGGGAAACUUCACCUCGGAUUCAUUGAAAUUAGAGAGAAACUAGAAGAGUUGCAGAAACUUGUCGCUGAGAAACAGGAAAAAAGGACACAGGAGCGUCUGAAAAGAAGGGAGGAGAGGGAAAAGGAGGAACGAAUGAAAAGAAGGACCCGCUCUCGCAGCAGGGAUCGCAAGAGAUCAAGGUCAAGGGAGCGCCGUCGACAUAGAUCCAGGUCUGCAUCCCAUGACCGACGCAAACGUUCCCGCUCCAGAUCUCGAGAUCGACGUCGCCGACGCAGGUCUCGUUCUAGAAGUAGAAGCAGAAGCCGUAGUCACCACCGCAGCAGGCAUAGCUCUAAGGACAGAGAGAGAGAUCGGAGCAGAGAAAAAAGCUCUAAAAGGAAGUCUAGAGAUCGAGACAGAUCCAGAGAUCGAGACAGAGAUAAAUCAAGGGAGAAAGAUCGCAAGGAUAAAAAGCGUUCCUAUGAGAGUGCUAAUGGCAAAUCGGAACACAGCUCUGAGGAGCGUGAAGCUGGAGAAAUCUGAAGGACAAAACGUUUUUGGAAUCAGGGCAGUGGAUGUCUUAUUGUUUAACUUGACUAGGGGAGCUCUUGUUUUGAUUUUGGACUUAGAGAAAAAAAAUUUCCAGCGAUUAGGUGACCGAUAACUUAAAUAUUAGAUAGUUGAAGAUGUUGAAGACAUUUUUGUCAGUUUAACCAGCUGGUUUUGAAGGCAGCAGCUGGAGGUGCCUAGAAUGUACUAUGUGUGCAUGCACUAGUGCUGUUAUGCCACUAACGUUAGGGUUCCUCCUUUCAUUUGCACAAAGGUGCUAUUUUCUUUUGAAUAUGGAGUUAUUUGUUAGGUUGCAUUUUUUUUUAAAUGUGGAAUCUGAAAUCCAUAGUAAAUUUUACUAGAGACAGAAUAAGAGUGGGUCUGGUCCUUUGGGGCAGAAACUUUCUUUUUGUUAAGUAGUUUCAUAUUGAGAUUACUAUCAGCUGCAUUGGCUUGCAGUCUCUGACUCUUCUCCACCCACCCCUCCCCAGCUCCUUCUCCCCUUGCCAGUAAUGGUACAUGCUGUAGAGUUAUCAUAAAACUGUGACAAUUAUCUCUUCCAUAGUCUCAAUAUUUUGACUAGCAUCUGUUUGCUGGUGAUUGAGAAUCUAUGGUAACUUGAAGGAUCUUUUUCACACCAGUAGGAUAAGUUACUUCUCUUGCAUCCAAAGAAAUUCCUUGCUCCUACCACACCAUUUCCCUCAAGGUUAACAUUUUGUUCAUGUUUAAUGUUACUUUGAAAGAACCUUGAUUUUUUUUUCCAUCCUGUUAACAUCCUCAGAUGCCCCUAUGAUUUGAGUAUUUUUUUUCUUAAUUAACUUGAAAGGUGGAACAAUUUACUGCCCAUUUCUUACAAAACUAAUCAAUUAGGGUUUAUCAGGAGAAAUGCAACUGCUACAAAUAAAGCUAAAUCUUUCAUCUCUUUAUUUCCAAUCCCACCUCCACACCGUCCAUUUAAAAAAGCAGCCUUAAUUUGGGAGUGUGUUCCUCUUUAAAUGCUCUAUAAGGUGUGGAAAUGCACUGAGGCUAUUUUGGGAAGGGGCGCGGUGGAGAGAAACUCCAAAUUUCAGAGUUUGUAAUUUGUCCUUGCGUGUACUUUUUAAUGUAAUUAAGAAGUGUUGGUUUUAUUCUUGCAAUUGCAGUAGAAGUUCAGGAAGGAAUGGUCCAAUAUUGGAGUCGAUUAUGUGAUUUCAGUAGCUUUUCAGGAUUCUGCAUGCUAAAUACAUGCUAAAAGUACAAUUCCUCAAAAAGAAAAGACCUUACUGGCUUUGUGUGCAUGUAAUCCUCAUUAACCUUAGCAUGUCUUCAGAAUACUUCUGGAACACAAUGAACAUAACUGUUAUUUUGGAUUGUUACUUGUGAACUUUUUGAGUGAAAUCAUGCCCAUAAAAUAGUUUUUAGUGUUCAUUAUUCACAAAAAAUGAUUAAUUGUGUACUCAACACAAGAUUUUCCAGCUAUUAAAAUAAUAGGAAAUAUUUUGUUGGAUUUAAGGGAACCCUUUGUUUUCCACAUGCUUGUGGCAUAAAUGGCAUACUCCAGGCAGCUCAGGGUGUCUCCAGUGGGCACUGGGGUGUCAGAAUUCUAAAAUAUACCAAUGUAUUCCAUGAUGGCUAUAUUGCUUGUUUUGUUGGUCACUUGUGGUUAUCCCACAAUUGCUGUGUUUUUUUAAAAAAAAGGUGGUCUGGUUUAACUUAAACCAACUUCUGUGCUAUAAGAAUAACCCAGUGUAAUGUUCCUUACUAUCCACAGUGGCAUUGUAUUUCUGCACCAGAUACUUCAGUUGCUAGAUGCCACUGCUGCCCCUGCUCCCCACCAACAUUCAUUUAGUUCUCCAUGGUCAUUUGGUCAGUCAGAUUCCUGAGUUUACAAUUUGUUUUGAGACCCAAAUAACAAGGUUUUAUUUUAUUCCCCCAUAUCUUUUUUUUCCCCAUAUGACUUGUGUAUACUUGUAUUGUUAAUUGAAAACAAUUGAAAUAAAUUUUUUCAAAACCAUUUAAUAAGAUUUACAAACAAUUUAAGUUUUUCUGUAUUGUAUGAAAUUGUGAUGAAUACUUGUUUGCUACUUUGCAAUUAAAACAAACCAAUAUUAUGUCUUCCUCUGCUUGGCGAGUCUCUUGGAACAUUUGGCUGCUUGUGCCUUGUUCCCAUUUCAUGCGAAAGGAACUGCAGUAGUUCCAGCAUUCAGCUUCUCGUUUACAUGAUAUAUGUGAUUCCUCGCAGAGUCAGGAGUGCCUCUGCCACUGCAAUGAUGAUGUUUUGAUGUGAAAGUGAAGAAAUGGUUCACUUUUAUUAUGUUGUGAUCAAAGUAGACUACAUUUAAAUUAAAAUGAUGAGGAAUGACAUCUUGGGAUUUCAACAAUGUUCCCUUUGCAAUAGAUUAGUAUCAUCUUAGUUUAGGUCUGAGCUUAAUAAU